GACGUAGCGGCUCCGUACGGGACGUUUUCAUCAAUGGUCUGCUAAUUCAGAAGGUGGUGCGCCUGGUGGGAGUGCAGACACGACCCGCAGAGCCGCGCCGGAGAGUGAGUGUCGCCGCUGGUGGUGCUGACGGGGAGCGGGAGGAGCUGAUGUCCGCGGCGCUCGCUGGUCCUCCUUGUUGCGUGGCCAUGCGCCGUCAUGCCUUCUCUUGAUGGUGACGCGACGGCAGGCUACAGCGGCGCCAGCAACAUGAGCGCGGUGAACGUGGCGCCAGUGGAGGUGCAGGCCAGCAUCCUGUGCGAGGAGCUGAGGCAGGCGCGCGGGCCCGAUGAUAUCUUGGUGCUAGAUUGUCGCGGUGCCGACGACUAUGGUGCCUGCCACAUUCGGGCCGCCGUCAGCGUGGGGCUGCCCUCCCUCAUGCUGCGGAGGCUCACUUCGGGCAAGCUCAGCCUCCCGCAGGUGGUGCGGCACCUGGCUGCUGACGGCGGGGACCGCGUCGCCCGCCUCCAUCAGUGCGUCCCCAUCGUGCUGUACGACCACGCCCACGCUUCCUCCCCCAACACGCCCACCCUCAUGACCAUCCUGUGCAAAAAGUUCAACCAGGAAGGCUGCGUCGCGCACUGUUUGGCAGGAGGUUUCGAAGAGUUCCGCUCCAGGUUUCCAGAAUGGUGUGAAUCCUCUUUGCCAGCGGAACCUCCUAUAGUGGGAUUGAAGAGUCUGAGAAUUACUGGCUUGGAGGCGGAGGAGGCGGGGGUGGAGGGGGCCUGUGAUUCCUCCCUGGGCAGAGACACGCCCUUAGAUGACCUCGGCUUCCCUGUGGAAAUUUUGCCUCAUCUGUACCUGGGAAACGCUCAGAAUUCGGGCGAUCGUGAUGCUCUUAACCGGCACAAAAUACGGUACAUCAUCAACGUUACUCCAAACCUGCCUAACGUGUUCGACGAGUGCGGGAGCUUUAAAUACAUGAAGAUCCCUAUAGCAGAUCAUUGGAGUCAGAACCUUGCCUCCUUCUUCCCCAAAGCUAUUCAGUUCAUUGACGAGGCACGAGAGUCAGGCGUGGGCGUGUUGGUGCACUGCCUGGCCGGCAUCUCCCGCUCCGUCACCAUCACCGUCGCCUACCUCAUGUACAAGGAGAAGCUCAACCUCGAGCAAGCCUACGAGUACGUGCGCGUCAAGAAGGCCAACAUCGCGCCCAACUUCAACUUUAUGGGCCAGCUCCAGGACUUCCAGCAGCAGCUCAACUUGUCGCCUCACAAGUGUCAGUGUGUGGACACCUGUCGCUGCCGCCACAUGCACUUCCUCACCCCCGCCCGCACCUCCCCGGACUCCGGCAUCGAGUUUGAUCGGUUUUCCUGAGGACUGACCCCCGCUGCCUCCACGCCCGCCGGCGGCUUCCCCAGGCUGGCUAUUUGCUCGCCCCAGCCACCAUCCUCGCCGCCCGCGGGUUUGCAGGCAGUGGCUGCCCUCCCGCCCACAUCGGCAUGCUCUUCCAAUGAGGAGCAAGGGGUGGGGGAAGAGGUGGAAGACGAGGAAGAAGAGGACGAGAAAGAGAAGGAGGAGGAGGAGGGAGCCGUCACCCCUGAUCCCCCUCAUCAGUGACCUCGGUCGACACGGGCCACCCAUGUGCCAAAGGUGGACUGGUGACCCGCCCCGCCCGGCCGCCGCCCCGGGGCCACCCACCCACCAGGCGGCGCCCCACCCAGGCUCCCAGGUACAAAUUUCUCGACGAGUGAUCUCGCUGUUGUUGUGGGCGGCCCGGGCAGGGAGGAGGCGCCACGCCGCUGACGAAAGUGUUUAUUUUUCAAGACUGAGUGAAGUGACGCGUGCGAGCGGCCGGUGACAUUAGUGUGUGUGUGUGCCGCAGACUGUGUGACCGGGACCAGCGGCGCACCGGGCCAAUUCUGACAAAAAGUUUAUAUUGUAACAUAAAAUAAAAAAAAAAUGUGUAAUAGAUCUCAAAAAAAGUAUUUUCGUACUAGAUAAGAGGCACGAGCAUGAGCCAUCGCACAGCCCGCGUUUAUUUUUCCGAUAGACUUCGUGAGACUGAAAGCGGCGUUUUAUUUUCGAAGACCCCGAGUUGCGAUACGGGGAGUGCUGUCCCCGCCCCCCGGCCAAAGCAGGCAGCGGGGGGAGGAGGGGCGCCGCCAACACUGCUGCUCCAAGAAUCAACACAAAGAGUCACAUUGUUGUCGGCUUUGCACAAAAUUACGUUAACUCACACAUAACGUUCAAGGGACCUGCGCUAUUGCUCCGGGGCGGGGCGGGGCGGGGAGGCAAGCCACCUUCCACCCUCACACACGGAGCCUCGCCCCUGCCUCCACCCUUCCCUGCCACCCUUCAGGAGUGACCAGGGGCGCCACACUCCGGGAGAAUGACCCACAACAUUCGCACAACGUGAGGAGAUAGAACUUUUGGUCUCUAACAAUAUUUGCUACUAUACCAGUGUCGCCGUGUGACUAAGUGCCUUGAAGAACUCUUUGUUUUACCUUCCCGCGUUCCGCACUGGAGGAGGAGGAAGAGGAAGAGGGAGUGUACAUAAUGAGAAGACUGACUGCAUGCGGACGUGUUUCUAGCGUUUCUUUUCUUUUCUUUUCUUUUUUGUUUUCAUUUCUGUCUCUUUGUCAUCAUCACUUGGACGAAACAAUCUUGGUUCAUUUGAAAAGCAACAAGUAACAACAGUAACAACAACAAUAACCCAGUGUGGUCAACGUGGUAACCAGCCAACCAGUUAUUAUUGUUAUUAUUAUUAUUAUUAUUAUUAUUAUUAUUAUUAUUAUUAUUAUUAUUAUUAUUAUUAUUAUUAUUAUACCCAUCUGUUAUUCCAUCCAUCCAUCCAUCCAGACCCCUCCUGCCCACUAGCCCCUAUCCCCGCCCCUCCCACAACCACCACUACCACCACCACCACCCCAUAUUUUAAGUAACGCAAGAACUUAGUGUUGACAGCUUGUACUGAAUGACGUUUCAUUUGCUUUGAUUUGCGUAAACAUGGCAAGACUCACUCAACUUGGGUAGUGCGAGAGAGAGAGAGAGAGAGAGAGAGAGAGAGAGAGAGAGAGAGAGAGAGAGAGAGAGAGAGAGAGAGAGAGAGAGAGAGAGAGAGAGAGAGAGAGAGAGAGAGAUUGCUCAUUUUGAUGUCAGUGUUGUAAUAUUGUUGGUCUCGUUAGUUGAAAUCCUUUCCUUCCUGUCAGUGAGUGGGUGAGUGUGUGUGUGUGUGUCUGUGUGUGUGUGUGUUGCAACCAUUCCGAAACUGUCAUAAAGCGGAUAUCAUUUAGAGGUCAAAGAAUCAUAUCCACAGGAACAGGAAACUUUAGGUAAAGACAAAGCAGUACUGUAAUAAUACAUAGAUCUUCGUGCUCAAAGGUGCCAUUUCUUACCACAGAUUUAUUUUGACUGUCCCUGCAUCCCAAUAAUGAUUUCUGUUCUGUGUCGUAGAACAAAAGAACAAGAGCUGUUACAGUGCAAGCGUAGAUUGAAGUCAUAGUUGGUUAGAUGUAGUGUGUGUGCGUUUGAAAGGUUUAACGUAAAAGCGUAGACCAGUGUAGUAAUACAGUAGAGCGCGCUAACACACACACACACACACACACACACACACACACACACACACACACACACACACACACACACACACACACACACACACACUCAAACACACAAACAUACAUGCAGAAGGAAAACCAAGAAAGUUGUAUGGAUAUGUUUUGAUAUUCGGAAAGACUCGCUGUCACAAGGCGGCGGCGGCGGUGGUGGUGGCGGUGGCAUAAGACUGAAUGUUACGCAUUUUGUAUAAACACAAGAGACGCAUUUAGCUGCAAUACGCUGUUCUAUUUUUUAAUCCACGAAAGCUGAUUGCUAUAGAAUUGCUUAGCUGUCUUCACAUAGACCGGGCUCAGUGCUGGAAGCUGGGCUCUUGGAAAGAAACUAAAAAAAGAAAAAAAAAACAGUAUAAAAUAUAUAUAACCAUUCUUACGUUGGAAAAAAAAAAAGAAAAAAAAACAUACCAUAGUUAAACGAAUGUAUGGGAAUUUUGUUUGUACUGACGCACUCCACUCCGCUCAUUUUAUACAAGCUAGUUGGGUUUUGUCUUUUUUAGAAGUGAGGUUGGUGAAUUAUUUUUUAUUUCCAUCCACGACCCCGCGUCUGUGAGCCAUCCAGGGCAGACCCACACUAGUACAGCUUCCAUUCCUGGCUCAACGCUGCCUCCCUGUUGGCAAUACCGCGGUGUAGGCCUUCACUUGACACUUGGAGAGAAUAGUCAGACCUUGGCCAAAACAUCACCUAGAAAACACUCCACUUGUUACGUUGUGAUUCCCUCCCUUACCCUCAAACCUCUUUUAUUACUGACCAAUUUAGGUGUUACCGUAGCGCCGCCUGUUUGUUCGACUGAUCUAGAGAAGCUAGGCUGUGUAUAGAUGACGGUAAACUCUGUGCGUGUUAAGUGAAUUCUUCUGUCUGAUCGAAGGCUGUGUUUGGGAAGGUCUGGGUGUGAUGUUAUGUGUGCUUCUGCCAGGAAACGUGAUGCAGAAGCGAGGUUUCAAAGCAUUUUUUUUUUCUCCAUGCUGCUCAGCGUGGGGUGUAAUGUCUCGUCUUCGCCAGGGAGUGACUCUGGGGUGACAAACAACCAACGCUUACUGUUUAUUGUGCCUGUAGGAAUAUAAGACUUCACAACAUCAGAGUGGCUGAGUUGAUUGAGAGCAUAAGCUGCCAUGUGUUUAAAUAUUGAGCCUUGGGAGUUUUGGAAGCAUCAGCAGCAACCUAGCCUAGCCGAGGAGCCUCCCUAACUUCCCCAUCCCCUGCCCCCGAGGAAUGAGUCUCUUCAUGGUGAUGAUUUUGCUUUGAAGCCUCGAGUCUGUGAGUCUGCUUCGAGGAACUGUUUCACGAAGGUGGUGGUGACCAAGUGUUGUAUUAGAAAGGCUGACUAACAUAGGACCGCUACUGGUUAAGCUCAAGCACAAAAAAACCUUCUUAUUUAUAUAUUUAUUUAUUUAAUCAUUAAUUUAUUGAUCAUCAUUCUGUUCAUACUUUUUGGCCAGGUGAUUUAUUCUACCUGACUGUCCCUUAAUCAGGUGGGUGUCAGACACUGGACCAAGUACUGUGACUGCCAGCCAACUGGUUAAUUGAUCAUUUCCAAGUGGGUUAAAAAUGUAGAGAAAGUGGUGAAUGUAAAAGUAAGAGGAGUCUUCUAUUUUGAACUGAACAAGAUUUUAGAAGAAAUAGUUUUUUUGUAAUAGUAUCUACUGUUAAUGUUAUUGUUCUAUUUAACUAGGAAUAUCGUUAUAACUAUCAACAUAGUUAUUUAAUAUAAUUUUGGUUACUGUAUAACCAACAUCAUUUAUACUUAAAAACUUCAGUCCUUCCUUUUUUUAGUUUCUAAUGUAAUGCAAUAAACAAGACAAUUUUA